AUGGCUGCCGCUGUUGCCGUCCCCUUCUCCGCUAUUAGCGAACACCUCGGGGGCGUUCUCCCGCCCAGCGCCGUCGUACAGCACUCGCCCCGCCAUGGGCGGAGCAGGGGGAUGAGCAUGAAGGGGAAGGGCGGCCGUGGCCGCGGGUACAGUGUGGUCGAGGAGCGGGAUGUCACCAUUGCCAAGGCCCUCAUGUUCAUCCUGAAGCGCACUAUCCAGGAGAGUGAGGUGGACGAAGAAGAAGAGGUCGAGAACCUUGUGGCGGAUGCCGAGGGCUGGGUUAGUGUCGACGACGUACUCGAGCAUCCCAGGAUUACCGUCCUCGAGGCAGACUUUGAGGACGUGCAACGUGUCGUAGCCAACGCAACCAAGGCCCGCUUCAACCUGCGACAAGCUCUCGGCACAGCAGACAAGGCCGACGAGCCUGCGUCGUGGCAAGUGCGCCGGAUUGGAAACAAUCGCGACAGCGUCCAAGCGCCCGCCCCUGUGGGCGAUAAGCUGAACGUCGAGACGGCAGACCUCCCAGAGUUUGUCGUCUACGAGACGUCGUACCAGCGAUACCCUCUAAUCCUGUCUUCGGGUGCUAUUUCACGUGCUCCUGGUGGUACCCAGUCGCUCGUGUUUUACCCCGUCACCGUGGGCGAAGACGGGACCGAGUCUCGCCAGUCGUCGGCCGGCGGCGAGGCCGCAGAUGUCAGCAUCUGGAUUCACCUGCGGACAGCCCUAGAGACGGAGCCGAGUGUUGUGUGGCGGCGCACCGAGAAUGGUGCUAUCCUCACAGCUGACGAGGUACCCAAGACGCUGUGGAACAAGGCAGUGGCUCGUCGGCCCGAUAUCGGUGUACUGUUCGAGGAAGGCGAGGUUCGGAAGGAGGUCCCUGCCGGUCUGCGUGGCCGAGGUGGCAAAGGCAGAGCUAAGAAGGGCAACAAGGCCACGCUGAAGCGCGAGGGUAGCGGGGAGGACUCGGGCAGUGCGAGCGAGGAGCAAGAGUAG